CGAUUCUGCUUGCAGCCGGUUCUGUCCUGCUGUCGCUCGGGGGUGGGGACUCUGCUGAAGGGGGCCAGUAGCCUGGCCAGCCCCAGCCGGUGGCCCCCCGGGUCACCCUGCCCUACAGGCCCUUCUCCCCAAAAACACAUUCCAGAAACCGCACUCUUAGCUGACAGGAGCCCUGGAUCCGAGACCUCAACCAGCGAAAACUCCCCCUGAAUGAUGGGUGAGACGUUCUCCCAGUCGGGCUCUCAGGAGGAGGAGAACAAGUCAAUCCUGCCCCCCAGCCUGGCAUUUGGCAGCAAGGCUGCCUGCUACUCCAGCACCCGAAGCAGCAAGUCUUUUUGUUCCCGCGAGCCUUGUGAUGGGGCUGCCAGCACCAGCUUUGUGACUUGUCCCACCUGCCAGGGCAGCGGGGAGAUCCCGCAAGAGCUAGAGAAGCAGCUAGUGGCCCUCAUCCCCUAUGGGGACCAGAGGCUGAAGCCCAGGCGCACGAAGCUCUUCGUGUUCCUGGCAGUGUUCAUCUGCCUUGUGACCUCCUCCCUCAUCGUCUUUUUCCUGUUUCCCCGGUCCAUCGCCGUGCAGCCCGCGGGCCUCAACUCCUCCACGGUGGCCUUUGACGAGGCUGACAUCCACCUCAACAUAACGAAUAUCUUAAACAUCUCCAAUAGCAAUUACUACCCCAUCACUGUGACCCAGCUGACCAUCGAGGUUCUGCACCUGUCCCUCGUGGUGGGGCAGGUCACCAACAGCCUCCUCUUUCACAUCGGCCCUUUGGCCAGCGAACAGAUGUUUUAUGCAGUGGCCAACAAAAUCUGGGAUGAAAAUACCUACAAAAUCUGUUCCUGGAUGAAAAUCAAAGUCCACCAUGUGCUUUUGCACAUCCAAGACAGCAACAAAGCCUGCUUCCUCUCCAGGGGCACCCUGACCUGUUCCUGCCUGAGCCAUUCAGAGCAGCUAGUCUUCCAGAGCUAUGAAUACGUGGACUGCCGGGGAAACACAUCGGUGCCCCACUUGCUGGUCCCUCACCCGCCGUGACCUGUCUGCUGUUCCCGAACCCCAGGCCCCCGCCAGGUUGGGCUCUGUCUCCCUGAGCCCAAGGAAGGACUACAGUGACUUUGCCAAAGGAAAAGCCCUGCUUUAUUCUACCUCCUCCCCACCACACACACACCCUCAGCACAGGAAGCCCUAUGUGAAAGUUAACUUUACACACACACAUGCACGCACGCACACCUCUCACGUCCUCUGACUUCCACAGGAAAAGAAGUCUGGUUCUUCUAGGGCCCAGCGCCAGGCUUUCCCCUCGGUCUGUCCUGAGGAGAGUCUGAUCUGAUGUGUAUUCAGAGCUGCCUUAGAGUCCCUGGAGUGGCAUCUGCUUUCUGUACUGAGCACCGUGGUUGCCUAGCCCCUCUGGGGCUGGCCUUCCUCCCGCCUGAAGAGAGAAAUCUUUCCUUUUAUCUGGCUUUUAAAACCUGGAUCUUUUUCACGUUCUCCACCCAGUGGUGGGAAAGUGACUUGAGGGACAUCCAUGCUGUCUCGUGCCUUCCUGCUUGGUCAUGUGACAGAGUGGUGGCGCUGGUCGGCUUCUCUCCUGGUAACUUGGGCCCUGACAGCGAGGUUGGCUAAGGCCCUUUGGCUCGGCAGCCUCCCUGGUUAAAGACUGUCCCAGUUCCUAGGAAGACAGAGCUGUUCUCUGGCUAAAGCUUCUCUCCAUAAAGAUCGUUUUCUUAUUCUCAUCACAGCAGGAGUGAAUGUAGUAGCGGGGGAGAGAGGCAUCUGGCACCCCCUCCGCCUCUCCAGGAAAAACAGAGAUGAAGCCAGAGUCAAUAGUUAGGCUUCUGGCUGGUGGUCGGCCCACAAUGCUGAGCCCGUGUGAGUGGACACAGGUCGGUCAGACGGCGGUGUCAGCUGCCGCCCGGUGACGGCCUACAGAGGUGAAGCUGUCAGGAUUCGGCCAAGCUGCUGGCGCUCCAGCAUCCCCAGCAUAGCUCCAGGGCCCAUCCUCUGCUCCCAGAGGCCUCUGCUUUCCUUCGGGCGUGCACAGGCUGGAACCGCACAUCAGUAGGGACCGGUCUCGACCUCUCCUCUUUGCUGUCACUCAGAUGCAGAAGCGAAGUCCUAGAUAAUGCAGGUUCCCACUGGGCUCCAGAUGGAGGCGGUCUGUGGUGUCGCUGAGCAGGAAUGGUAAUUGCUCACUAAAGGGAGCUGUGGUUUUUCUCAGGCCGGGAGGUGAACUUAGGUGGUGGGGCAAGCUGAAUGCGAAGUUGGAUGGAUGGAGAGAGGGCAGUGGGGACAGCACCUGGCUAGCUGGCUGGGGGGACAAGGGGAAAGAAGGAGGUUGUCCUGUCUCUGUGCUUUCGGGCCUGAGUAAUUGGAGUCAAGAAGAUACUAGCAGGAGCACAGAAGUCCAGAAAGGCCAGGCUGGAGUUUCCGCUGUGUGUUGGUUGCCAAAUGUCAAGGAUUCAUAUCGUCUUCAAUAAACUAUACUUCACAAUGUUAAA